AUGAAGCUUAUAUUUAUAGACAAUAAUCCAUUGAUUGUCAAAUGUUGGAAACAUCAUUAUCAAGUAUUAUCAAACAUCUAUAAAGAAUACAAUUUUCAAUGUCACCAUAAUAUCAAAUUCAGUUUUUAUAAUCAUACCAUUGAACAUAUGGUACAAACCUACAAGUUUAAUACUGGUAAAACCUCUAUAGUGACACCAGCAAACUCUUUAAAUUAUAUGGGUGGUGGAUUUGAUUUACAUCUUUUAAAUGCUAUAUUACUUGGAACUAAUCAAACAUUUAAACAUCUUGAAAAUAUAAUUCAAAAUUAUCAAUUACAAAGAUUUCAAGGAUAUUUAGUUCCCAAUCAAAUAUAUAAAAUCAAUUUAACUGAUUUAUCUGAAUUUGAUUAUACUUCUUCUAUAGUUUAUAAAAAUUGGAAUUUAACUGAAAUAAUAGAAAUCCCAACUAUGGUUGUACCGGAGAAAAUCCAUUCAAUAUCUCAUUUAUUUGAUUCUAUAUGGAAUUUAAUGAGUAAUAUUAAUUUUGAAAAGGGAAACAUAUUGGUAUUACCAGGUAUUGGCACAGGAUAUGGUAAUUUGAAUGAAUAUGAAUCUACUAAAAUAAUGUUAUUUGCCAUAUUUUUAUAUAAUUUAUCAUUUACAAUAGAAGAAAAACCAUCAAGAUUAGAUCAAUUAAAAAAAUCUUUAUUGAUUUUAUUUUUCUUUAAUAAAGAUUAUCGGAAACUUGAAAAUCAUAAUGAUAUAGAAGAAUUAGAAACUUAUGUCAUUAGUGAUUAUGGACAAAAUUUAAAUCUUGUUAAUGGAACUGUUAUGGAAUUGGAACAAGUGUUCAAAUGUAUUAGGUGGUGA